UUUGAAUUAUUAAUAUCGAUAAAAAUUAAUAUUACAUCAAUUCAAUCUCAAAUAAUCUCGAGUUUAAUCUCAGGUCAACUUAAAACGCUUACUGAUUAUUGAUUAUAGAUAUAGUCAUUUUCAGUCUCCGCCUCGCCCACCACUUCCAAUUUCAAGCAGCUGAGCGAAACCCUAGAGCUCGCGUUGUCCGAUCCCCAAUCAGAAGCAGAGUGUUGUACCCAGAUCUGAUUUUGAAGAGUUGCAAAUGGCGAUGGCUGCGCUGAGACGCGAGGGCAGGCGGAUUGCUGCCCCUAUAAUUUCUCCCCGCCCUAUCAAUCCCCUCCGCUCGUCUAUCGUUCCUUCCGAGGAUCAAUCUUUCUUGGGAGUUCGUUCUGUGUCAACUCAAAUUGUCCGCAAUCGUAUGAAGAGUGUUAAGAAUAUUCAAAAAAUCACAAAGGCUAUGAAGAUGGUUGCAGCUUCAAAGCUCCGAGCUAUUCAGUCUAAAGCUGAAAACUCGCGUGGUCUGUGGCAGCCAUUCACUGCUCUUCUUGGUGACCUUCCAAGUGUUGAUGUGAAGAAGACUGUUGUUGUUACAAUUUCCUCUGACAAAGGUCUGUGUGGUGGAAUCAAUUCUACUUCAGUGAAAGUAAGCAGGGGCCUCAGGAAGUUAAAUUCUGGUCCCGACAAGGAAUGCAAGUUUGUUAUCUUGGGAGAAAAAGCCAAGGCCCAACUUGUGCGAGACUCCAAGAAAGACAUUGAGCUAGCCCUAACUGAGUUGCAGAAGAAUCCUCUGAACUAUACUCAGGUUGCUGUGCUUGCUGAUGACAUCUUAAAGAAUGUAGAAUAUGAUGCAUUAAGGAUUGUUUAUAAUAAGUUCCAAUCAGUGGUCUCAUUUAUCCCAUCAACAUCCACUGUAUUAUCUCCUGAGAUUGUGGAGAGAGAAUCUGAAGCUGGGGGAAAACUUGGGGAAUUGGAUGCUUAUGAAGUUGAAGGUGCUGAAACAAAGUCAGAAGUGCUUCAGAAUCUGACAGAGUUCCAAUUCUCUUGUGUUAUGUUCAAUGCUGUCUUAGAAAAUGCUUGCAGUGAGCAGGGAGCUAGAAUGUCUGCAAUGGACAGCUCAAGUAGAAAUGCAGGAGAGAUGCUUGACCGCCUCACGCUUACUUAUAACAGAACUCGUCAAGCAACUAUCACUACAGAAUUGAUAGAGAUUAUAUCUGGAGCAUCAGCAUUGGAGGGCUAAUUCAACCAAAGGCUUCAGUUACUUCUCUAGUCAGUCGUUGACGAAAUAAUAUUUCUUGUUUUGCACUUUUGGCGAUACUCUAUUUCAGGUUUGCGGGUACUUAAAUAAACCCCCUGGCUACCUUCAUGCAAAAAGGGAUAUUGGUUUGUGCUUUCAACUGUGAGAGAUCUAAUCCUAAUCUACUGUACUAGGAAAGUGUUCGACGAUCUCCACCGAGUUCCAGUUAAAUUUACGGAAUGAGUCUUAUUUCUUUCAAUGGUAAUUUGAAUGUGUUUUUGUUGUGAAGCUUUUUAUGAACAUGCAAGCAUUUCAUUGCCUUUCAAAA